AUUUUCCAAUGGUUCAAUGGUCAGCACAGCUGGAAACCCAUAUCUUCGAUAUCUGGCGUGUUUACGUGCUUUUAAGGCCGCAAUUUCUUAGCCUCUUCGUAGCGAUACGCAGGAGUCUUUCCUAAUUGAUCUACUGUGAAGCUAUGUACUUUCCAUUAUCCGUAUUAUACGUUGCUCUUAUCUUCAGUUCAUGUGACUUUGGCUGGUCUGGACUCUGAGCGAAACCUUGAGGCUGGUGGAUCUUUGAAAGAAGGGAUCCGGUUAAAGUAUCUUCAUUCCACCUCUCGCACAACUGCCGUACAUUGGAGUGACAUUGGUUACUCAUGGCUGUCAUGCUACCCCUUUGACCGCACGUCUGGGGAAUAUAUAUGAGUUCCUCAUCCCCUCGCAAUAACCUUCCCUCAUCAGUGUUCCUAUUUUCAAAAGCCUAAUUCUGUGUAGUCUAUCCUCUUCCUUCGUGGAUAUUUUCAACAUUUCAUUUCAUUUUCCUGAACAAUUUUUUUUACAAGGCCAUGUUGGUUGACAACCAAGAACCGGCAGGAGAUGAUGUGGUGUUUGGAAUUGGCAUAGCUGAUUCACAAUACGCUUUAAGAACACGAAAGCUCAUCAAGCUAAUCACAGAAUUACGUGCUAUUGGUGCCGAAGCGCACUUUGACCUACCACGAAUUGCUGUGAUAGGUAAUCAAAGUGCAGGAAAGAGCUCUCUUGUCGAGGCGAUCAGCGGCAUUACUGUUCCCCGUGCAACCGGUACUUGCACCAGAUGUCCUAUGGAAUGUCGUUUGACAUAUUCGACGAAUCCGUGGCAAUGUCAGGUUCUUCUCCGGCGGGAAGGAGCCACGAAGGGAAACGAGGAAAUGUUCGGCCCGCUUCUGACGGAUCCUAGUGACCUCGAAGAUAUGAUACGUCGUGCUCAAGUGGCCAUACUUAAUCCCAGUACUGCCUCUGCUUCAUUUGUAACUGGAAUUCUGCCAACAGAGCGGGAGCAUCAAUUCUCUUCUGAUGUUGUCUGUAUUGACCUAGCAGGACCAGAUGUCACAGAUUUGGCUUUCAUUGACCUCCCUGGAAUCAUAUCCCACGUCGCGCCUGGGGAGGAGAGGGCAAGUAUAACAGCAGUGCGUGAUAUGGUUCAGAAACAUAUUCAGGGAGAUACAUUAAUCCUCCUUACCAUCACAAUGCGGGAUGAUCUGAACAAUCAAGGCGCUGCUGAUCUUGCUCACUCUGAAGAUGUCACAGGGAAGCGCACGAUCGGUGUUCUGACGAAGCCCGAUCUCAUUCAACCGGGAGAAGAGUCAGGAUGGGUGGGAGUGCUGGAGGGAACCGCCCAUCCCCUCAAACAUGGAUAUUUUAUCACAAAGCAACCAUCACCGAAGGAGCUUGAAGAGCAAGUGACGUUCCGCGAGGCGCGCGACCGGGAGAAACAUUUCUUUCAGAGCCAGUAUCCAUGGGAGGGUCUCCCCGGAUUGCGUCACCGCAUGGGGACGCCAAACCUCACAAAGGAGCUCAGCAAGCUUCUUGCUUCAGUGAUCAAUCAUGCAUUACCAGACUUGCGCCUGAAGUCGAAGCAAAGACUCCAAGAGAUCAAGGAGAUGCUAGAAGCGCUUCCACCUCCGCUGUCUGAGAAUCCUGUGGCAGAACUUCUGAGGCUCGUUACCAGGUUCUCAGUCGAUGUGGAGCAUGUGAUCCGCGGCAGCGAAUCAUUUGAAUCCUUGCUUCAGUCCUGCCGAGCUGCUUAUGCCAGCUUCAAAUGUGACAUCCAUGGAACCGAGCCCAUUUUCAAGCCUUUUAUCAAUGAAGACGAGGCGUCUGACCGUUAUUCGCCCAUGGAGGAGGCCUCGGAAGUGGCAUUCGAAGAAGUUAUACACGAAGACCCAGUAACCAAUGACUCCGGGAACACGAACGCUCUUUCACCCAUGUACCUGGAAGACGUUCGUGCUCACAUUCAAAAGUCUUUGACGCGCGAGUUGCCGUUCAACGUCCCGUAUAGGGCCAAGGUGACCCUCAUCGAAUGUUUCUUCGCCGACUGGGAGGAUUAUUGUCAGAAGUGUUUCGAUACUAUUUACCAUGCUACUCUCAAGGAAAUCAUUUGUCUCGUCCAACGGCAUUUCGGACAGCAUAGUUCAACUUCUCUUCCGGGCCAUGUCAGAAGUAUCGUGGAAGAUCAAAUCGAAGUAUCGCGACGGAAGACGCAAGAGCGUAUUAAGUGGUUGUUGGAAUUGGAAAGACCUCCCUUCACGGUAAACGACCAUUACUUCGCCUCCAAGCGUGAGAAGUAUCUCAUACAGUACAAGAGUCUUCGUUUGCCUACACAGUAUAAUGCAACGGCCGUCCGGGAAGCUCUCUCUGCCCUUGCCCGGAUAGGUUAUACUGGCUUAACGGGAGAGAAAUUGGCUAGACUUCACGGCGAUGACGCAUACGAGGAGGAAAUGGUUGUUAUGGCGGAGACAAUGGCGUAUUUUCACGUCAGCUACAAGCGAAUUAUUGACAACCUUCCCCGCGUCAUUGACUUGGAUUUCUUGCGUUCCAUAGCGAAAGAACUCCAAGAUUCACUCAUCGAGGGGUUAUCUCUAGCGGCGGGGGAUGCAACAGCAAGAGCUGAGGGUUACCUUGCAGAGGACCCGGACGUCGCAACUCGAAGAGCGUCAUUGGCUCGUCAGAGGGAUAUGUUGGAGAUCGUUCUACAGAAGAUAUUCCUUUUUGGAGCAUAGAUCUGUUCUAUCGGAUUCGAACUAAAGAAAUUCAAACUCAACUUGGGUGUAGUCGUAUGUACGAAAGAGGACGAUUAUAGUAUGCGAUCGUUUGGAACACCGAUUGUAGGAGGGAAACUAUGGAUCCGAAGGUAUUACAAACUUCUACUGUAAUGUCUAGUCCGUAAAUAAAGGGUCCGCAACCCAAAGCCCAGCGAUCUAAGAGCACAGU